AUGCGAUUUACCAAUGAAGAUCACUUAACUGUCCACUUGAAGAAACAUGAAAUGUGCUUGGCUUUAAAUUCAGGAAAUAACAGUCGAACUCCUAACAACUUAUUUUUAGAUCAAACACCAACUCCAACUAAAUUUCUGAAGAACUGUGAAGAGAUCGGAUUAUUUCAAGAUUUAACCAAAAAUCCUUUUGAAGAAGCUUUUAAGAAGGCAUCUGAAACUGGUGGGCCAGAUGUUUCAUCUGAUGCUGUUCCUUUACCGGGGCCUCAUUCCAAUGAAGUUCUACAUACUCCUGUGGUUUCGCGACCACACAAGACUGUGGAAACUCUCAAAUUGGAAAACGAGGAGAUUGAGAUCCAAGUUGUUGAUGAAUCAUCCAAUGAAGCCACGUCAAGAAGCUGUGUAAUUCAGCAACAGCUGGAGAACAAGCGGUCAAGCCAUGGAACCUCAAUGGCAACACCACCUCCACCAGCUUCUACUUCAGGCACUGUUUCUGCUACACAUUCCAUGCCUCAGCCUACAUCUACUACAUCUGAUGACGAUGGGGUAAUCAUGUCAACAACUCAAAAUGCUGACAGUUCUGUACCUUCAACUGAUUCUGCUACUACCAGUAGCACAGGCAGCAUACCAAGUGUUAUACAGACCUCCUCAGCACCUAUUUUAUCUCCAAACAUUAUUUCAUCCACUCAGUAUACAAUGCAAGUGUACCUCCAACUGCCUACAGGGCAGACAGUUCCUGUACAAAUCCCAGCCACCAUCACAAAUUCAGCCAUGCCAAUGGCUUCCAUACCUGUCCCAACUAUUUCUCCUAAGUCUUCAUCAGCAACUGUGGCUUCUGCUGCUGCUGCUGCCACUACCUCCUCAUCAUCAGGACUAAGUCAGCCGUCGUUAGCCAAGCAGAAGUUAAAAGCUGCUUUACAAAGUAGUCAGAAUGUCCCUCAAGAUUUAACAACUUCCAAUAACAGCCGACUGGUGGACUCAGCAAAUCACAUCAGUCAAAUGGCAUCUCCUUCUCCAUCAUCUGUGUCCGUGAAAACUGAAACAGCUAGCAUUGCUUCUGAUGCUACUGCAUCAUCACCUGAAAGUUUGGAUGCUGCCAUCAUUAGUGGUGGUGUUAUCAAAAGACCCAAACGGUCUGGUGAAGAUGAUCCAGAUGAAAGGAGAAGAAAAUUUCUUGAAAGGAAUCGAGCUGCUGCAGCCAGAUGUCGGCAGAAGAGGAAGCAGUGGAUUACCAAUCUAGAAAAGAAAGCAGAAGAAUUGCAAAAUACGAAUUCACGAUUGCAGAGUGAAGUAAAUCUUUUAAGAACAGAAGUGGCACAGUUAAAAUCUUUACUUCUUGCUCAUAAAGACUGCCCAAUCACUCUUCAACAGAAAUCUAUGGGUCAGCUUUCCAUUCAAACUGUUCCCAUGACAGGAGAAACACCCAACAUCAUCAUUACAAGUACAGCAAUUUCAGCAGGAGAAAACAUAGUGUCAGCAAACCUGACUAAUGUUGUUGCAUCUUCAUCCAGUGCUCCAGUAUCCUCAUCUACUCCCAGCACCAAUUUUAGUACUGGAGGAAUUGCUACUACUGUGGUCAUUGACAGAAGUAAUGGUAACAGCAUCAGCUCUAAGAAUUCUAAUUCUCUUAUGUCAGAGACUACAAUACUUGCAUCUCCAAAAUAA